AUGUCUAUCUUCGCCCCUGCACCAAAGCCCGCCAGCUUUCUAGGCUACCACCGGGUGUUAGCACCAUCCGCAGGUAUAAAGGUGUCACCCCUUUGCCUCGGAACAAUGAACUUCGGAACUACCUGGAAGGAUUUCAUGGGUGAAUGUAGCAAGGAGCAGUCAUUUGCACUGCUGGAUGCCUUCUACAAACUGGGCGGCAAUUUCUUGGACACGGCAAAUAACUACCAGCAGGAGGAAUCCGAGAUCUGGAUAGGAGAAUGGAUGAAAGAGCGCCGUAACCGGGAUCAAAUGGUUAUCGCAACUAAGUACACAACUGGCUUCCGCACCUCACAUCGUGAUACCGAGCCAAUUCAAUCUAAUUUCCGUAGCCUCAACAAGCUCCAGGCCGAUUACAUCGACCUCCUGUACGUCCAUUGGUGGGACUUUACCUCAAGUGUCGAAGAGGUCAUGCAUGGACUAAACAACUUGGUCAAUUCGGGCAAGGUGCUCUAUCUUGGUGUUUCUGAUACCCCAGCUUGGGUGGUUGUAAAUGCAAAUGAAUACGCUCGUGUCCACGGACUGCGGCCUUUCUCUGUGUACCAGGCACCGCUCGGUCAAGGCAAAUUCAAGUCGUCGGAGGCCCGUAGCGGCUCCAGUGAAGACGGCAGUGGGCGAGCUUCUAAUUUGAGCGAGGACGAUAUCAAAGUAUCUGAUGCAUUGGAGCAAGUCGCUAAACGAAAAAACACUACACUUCAUGCAAUCGCACUAGCCUACGUGAUGCAUAAGACACCUUCCGUUUUCCCCAUUGUCGGUCAGCGGAAAGUUGAGCAUCUCAAGGCCAACGUGGAAGCAUUGAGUGUGAGUCUGUCUGACGAGGACUUGGCUGAGAUCGACAGUUCAUCCUCUUUCGAUAUUGGAUUCCCAAUGAACUUCAUAUUCCGUGACUCUUAUACAACAAAUAUCACUGCCGCUGAUGUGUCUUUGACCCGGGUGUCGGCUCAUAUUGAUGCGCUUCCGAAUCCUUCCCCUGUACGACCUCGUCACGUGGUAUAA